AUGGAAUUCAAGAAGGAUUUCAAGAAGGAUUCUAAGAUGAGUAUAAGAAAGAUUGCAGAACAUCUGCAGAAACAUCCAAGGGCAAAAGUGAUUUUUGUAAUCGGUGCAGGUGUUUCGACUGCUUGUGGAAUUCCAGAUUUCCGAUCUCCAAAAACAGGGCUUUAUCAUAAUCUUUCAAAACUGAACUUACCAUACGCAGAGGCGGUGUUUGAUAUCGAAUACUUCAAAGAAAAUCCUAAACCAUUUUAUACUUUAGCCAAGGAACUGUAUCCUGGUACCUUUAAACCGGCAAAAUUUCACUAUCUCAUGAAGCUUUUUGAAGAUGAAGGCAGACUAAAAAGGAUUUACACGCAAAACAUAGACACACUUGAGAGACAGGCUUCCGUCGGAGAUGAAUAUAUCAUUGAGGCACAUGGAAGUUUCGCGUCGAAUCAUUGCAUUGGAUGCGACAAGAAAUUUCCGAUCGAGACUUUUAAGGAAAAGCUUAAUGAACCUAAGGCAAAUCUGCCUCUGGAAUUCGAUUACGCUAGCUGUGAUGCUUGCGAGAGCCUCAUAAAGCCAAAUAUUGUAUUUUUUGGUGAGGGCCUGCCGGAAAAGUUCUUCGAAACUUGGGAUGAAGAUCUUGAGUGGCUGCGAAAGGAAGUGGAUGAAAAGCAUCUAGUCAUAGUGGCAGGAACUUCGCUCACAGUCUACCCCUUUGCAUCUUUGCCUUCUGAAGUACCGAGCAAGACUGCGAGAGCUCUGUUUAACAUUGGCUUGGUGGGGGACUUCAAAUCGGAUCCUCGUAAAUCCGAUCUUGUCUUCAAUGGCAGCUCAGAAGAUGCUGCACAGUGUCUUAUCGAUGAACUUGGCUGGUCUGAAAAAUUCGAGAAGCUUAUCAAUAAAGUGGAUACAGAAGAGAAAAAGGAGGAGAUCACAGCUAAUGAAGAGGUGAUGAAAAUAGCUGGCGAGUUACAGAAAUUAGAUUUGAGUAUUUCUUCGAAAGGGGAAACGUAA